AUGCAUAUUUUGGUUACCAACGACGACGGUCCUCCGUCAAACCAGUCCUCCCCCUAUGUUCACUCGCUAGUGCAUGCUCUGCAAACUGCUGGUCAUACAGUCUCGGUUGUCCUUCCUCACCAGCAACGGUCCUGGAUUGGCAAAGCACAUAUUGUCGGAGCCUCGGUGAAACCGACAUAUUUCCGUCCAGGCACGCUGCAUCACGACGAUGGUACCAUCCACCAACUCCCUCGGGGCUAUGAUGGUGACGAUUCAGACGAAGAUGGUGAUGAAUGGGUUCUGAUUGACUCAACCCCUGCUAGCUGCGUCCAAAUUGGACUAUACCACUACUUCCAAAAUCGAGGACCGGUCGAUCUGGUAGUCUCCGGACCCAACUAUGGCCGCAAUACUACAGCCCUCUUCGCGUUAUCAAGUGGAACGGUUGGAGGAGCCAUGGAGGCUGCGGUAUGCGGUAAAAGGGCUAUUGCUUUAUCCUUCGCUUUCAGCUCUAGAAAUCACGACCCGAUAAUUAUUGCCGAAGCGUCCAAGCACUCCGUGCGAGUAAUAGAAUACCUUCAUUCCCACUGGGACGAUGGCGUUGAUCUUUACACUGUGAAUGUGCCUCUAGAACCCGGAGUGAGUGAAAAUAAGGUUCUAUACACCCAUAUGCUAGACAACCGUUGGACGUCCGGCAGCUGCUUCGAGGCAAUUAAUGCUACAGAAUCAGGCGAACAAGCCGGUCUUCAAGAGCAACAUCUUCGAGAGAAAGGCGAAAGCAAAUUGACUGGGAUCGAAUCAUCCGGUAGUCAGACACCAAGGAAGAACCCAUUUUUGGAACACAAACAUUUCAAGUGGGCUCCGAAUUUCACCGACGUUUAUCGCAGUGUCGAAGAGAGUAAGGAUGGGAACGACGGCUGGGUGGUUAAGGAAGGAAUGACGAGUGUCACCGCUCUUAGAGCCAACUUCAUGCAUACCCCUGGUAUCAAAGGAGAGAUAAAGCUAUCAAAUAAAAAACCCGACUUUUACUGCAUCCUUAAUUAUGAAGAUAAAUAUGUGCAGCCCCUGCUUGAGGAGCUCUUCCGCCCACUCGUGGACCAAGGCAACUGUCAAAUUAUCCAAUCGAUGAGCGAACUCUCUGAUCCGACUUGUCGAGUCUUACAGUAUAUGGCCUAUGAAGAUAUUGACUUUGAUCAUAUCUUAUCACGCCCAUCCACAUCUUUAGCGAACUCAUAUGUUAUUCGAAAAGCCCUCAUCAGAAAACAUUACCUUUCCACAACAAUUGCCAAUUGGAUUUCUAAGUAUCCAAAGAGCAACCUGCAAAAUCAUUUUAAACCGGCAGUUGAUUUCGAGUUAGACUUUUCUGAAUUUUUGGACGAGGCCCUUCUUGAAGCAUAUGAACUGCGCGAAAGUCUAGAAAGGAAUGAGACUAAAUCACCAUCUGAGCAAGAAUGGUGGAUAUUAAAACCGGGCAUGAGUGACCGUGGACAGGGUAUUCGUCUUUUCAACAGUGAGGCCCAGCUUCAAGAAAUCUUUGAAGAGUGGGAUGUCGACGAAUCUGAGUCAGAAGAAGAUUAUGAUACAGAUCCUGGGCCAAAUUCUCAAAAAGGCCAGGGAAUAGUGACGUCCCAACUUCGACACUUUAUUGCCCAGCCAUAUAUACACCCACCUCUCCUGCUGCCCUCUUCAUCUGGUCGAAAAUUCCAUAUUCGCACAUAUGUCCUUGCAGUUGGCUCGUUAAAAGUUUACGUAUUCCGAGAAAUGCUUGCUCUUUUUGCGGAAAAGCCCUACCAAGCCCCCUGGGAAGAAGAUGACGAGGUACGCGAUCUGAGCAGGCACUUGACAAAUACCUGUCUUCAAGAAAACGGCAGUUCUGUGGAAGGGAGUGUGCGACGCUAUUGGGAUUUGGAAGAAUCCGCCCCAGGAUUGAGCCAAGGUUGGAAAGAUGAUAUCUUUAACCAGAUAUGCAGUGUUACCGGUGAAGUUUUUGAGGCUGCAGCUCGUGGAAUGCUCGUCCACUUCCAAACACUACCGAAUGUUUUUGAACUUUACGGGCUAGAUUUCUUGGUCGAUGCUGCUGGGCAAUCAUGGCUACUAGAAGUCAAUGCUUACCCCGACUUUGGACAAACUGGAGAGGAGCUGAAACGAAGGGUGGUUGGCCGCCUUUUUGAGGCUACGAUCAAGGUUGCUAUCCAGCCAUUCUUUAGGGCGCCAGGCACUGUUGGCGAGGACUCGGAUUUGAGGCUCGUCGCAAAUUUGAACCUUCGAUCCACUUCCUAG